GGCCCACCAUUUCUCUUUCAUACCUUUUUCUUCUUAACAAAAUAAAUGGUGUGUUUUCAACACCUUUCUUCUCCUUCUCAUGUGCAUCCUUUCUUCUUCUUUGUUUAAUAAUCAAUCCUAGUGAAGAUUUUUUAUUCCAAGAAUGCAUACUCAUAAAUCUCUCAAGAAAGAAUUCUUGAAGAAAUGGAUAACAAGCCUUCAAAUAUGCAGCUCUUCAAAAGAGAACAUGAACUUGUUGGAAAGGAAGAAAGCCAUAAAACUAUCAGCUGACCUAGCCAUGGCUUCCACUCGAAAUGGUAAACGAUCUUGGAGUCGUGCCCUCAUCAUCAAGGCUUCUAAAGAUAGAGAAACCGGAAAUUUAGCUAAGCAAAUCUUGGGUGACAAAACAACUUAUAAGUGUUUUUCACAAGAUGACCUCAAUGCAACAACAUUAACAACAACAACAACAACAACAACAACAAAGCCUAAAUCGCGAACAAUUUUUGUUCAAAGCAAUAAGAAGAAGCCUACUUGUUCAAGGAACAUACGCAAGUUUAGGAAAUGUGAUCCAAAGAAAUGUGGUGUGUCAAAUAGUAAUAAGGUGAAAAAAGCUAGGGCAAUGGCAAAGAGAUUGGUUGAGAAAAGAACACAAAUACUAAAAGGGUUAAUUCCUGGGGGAGAAUACAUGGAUGAAUACUCUUUGGUCAAGGAAACACUUGACUAUGUUGUCUCACUUCGAGCUCAAGUUGAUGUGAUGCAAUAUCUUGCUAAUUCUCCUCAACUCUUCAUUCAUAUUUAGGAAGAAAAAAAAAAUUAUAUAUAUAGUAUAUAUUUAUAUGGUUUUUAGAGAUAAUAUAUAUUUAGUAAUUUGGGGGUUAUAUUUUGUAGCUUAUUGUUUAAUUAGCCUACUAUAUAUAUAUGCUUAAUUAUUAAGGACUAAAAAGAAUGAAAGAUUUGUCUUGUAUAAAUGGUGAAUCAUAUGGUAGUUCAAUAGGAACUAAUAUAAAGGCUAGCUUUAUUGUCCAA